CUGAGGCGAUGCACGACCCGCCCUUGCCUUUUCUGUCCACAACGACGAAAAUCACAAUUCACGACAUCAUAAUCAGAGUCGACAGUGAUGGAUCCUUUCACUCGAGCAGCCCAUUCAAAUCGCAAGAGAAGAAGUAUCGAAGAGCGCGGCUUCUUCAUUCCGAAGCCUUGAAUAUCAUAGCUCUCUUGCGGGACGAGUUGAUCGACCACGAUAAGUUAGAAUGUGACGCCAUUCAUCGACAGGUCGCGGACGCUAGCUACGCGGGAGGUUCGUGGUAUCUGGAAACAUCAGAGAGACUGUGGGACUUCGCAUUGCGAACGUUCUGCAAAGUGAGUCACACCAACAUUAUGGCGUCGGUACAUCCUGCACGCAGUCAAGUAACGAUACCUCCCUCGCGUCCGCCUCAAUUGGCCUCAACAACACAAAAGGCUAGGUCACCUUCGCAAGCUUCGGUCACACACUGGAUGCCAGUGGUGUUGUUGCCUGUGUAUUAUACUCCUUGUACGCCGGUGCAGACGUGGUGGACGCCGAACGUUUCUUCGAUAGUUCCCUGACGAUGCGCAGGCUGGAGAGAUAGCAUUUUAAGCUUGAUGUGGCGGAUUUUUCACUUUCACUUAAUGACCUGUCCUGCAUUUAAAGGGCCGCAGUAUGAUUUUAAUGACUGUAUACCCGGUGAUGUAUCGUGCAAUGUUUCAAUACGCU